AUGAGUGAUAUUGAGAAUAAAAAGAAGGAAGUAAAUGAAGAAGUUCAGAAAGCUCUUAUUGAUCCUACUAAGAAGAGAAAAGUCGCAGAUGAAAUUGAGAUUGAUUUAGAGAGUUCAAGACCUCUAUCAAAGAAACAAAAACGUUUACUUAGAAGAGGUAAAACUACUCUUGAAGAAUUAAAUGCCAAGUUCAAAAUUGAUCCAAACUCUAUCGAAGAGUUUGAAAAAGAGAAUAAGCAAAAGAGUGAAGGUGCCUCAGAUACAACAGCAUCUGCAGAAGAAAGUCAAUCCUCUUCCAAGAAAGAUAAAAAGUUCGGUGUGUGGAUGGGAAAUUUAUCUUUCGACACCACUAAAGAGGACAUUACAAGAUUUUUAAUUGCCAAAACAAAAGAUUUGGAAGAAUCUAUGAUUAUUGUCGAAGGAUCUAUCGCAAGAUUCAAUAUGCCUUUGGCACAGAAUGAGGGUAAAAAAAUUCGGAAUAAAGGUUUCUGCUAUAUCGACUUUCAUACAAAGCCACAAAUGGACGCUGCCAUCUCUUUGAGUGAAUCUCAACUUAAUGGUAGAAACUUACUGAUAAAGAAUUCCAAAAGUUACGAAGGUAGACCUGAUAAAGAUGAUUUAGUUUCUAUGUCAAAAAAUCCACCAUCAAGAAUUCUGUUCGUUGGUAAUCUAUCCUUCGAUACUACAGAUGAGCUACUGAAGAAUCAUUUUCAACACUGUGGCGAAAUCGUUAAAAUUCGUAUGGCCACUUUUCAAGAUACCGGAAAAUGCAAAGGUUUUGCGUUCAUAGACUUCAAAGAUGAGGAAGGUGCUACCAAAGCUCUUAGGGAUAAAAGCUGUAGGAAAAUAGCUCAAAGACCAAUUAGAAUGGAGUACGGUGAAGACAGAAGUAAAAGACAAGUAAGAAGAAAACCCGAGGAAAAUGUUAAAAGGUCUUUUGAUCUUCCAGAAACAAGUGAUUCUAGACGUCAAAUUAGUAGUAGCCAUAAUUUUGAAAAGAAACAAACAGCAAAACCCUUCAAGAAACAGUUCAACAGGAAUAGUUCAUAUGACUCAAAUAAUAGAAUGAAGAGUAGUAUUGCACUAGCCUCUGCUCAACGUGGUUCUGCAGCAAUUGUUCCCUCUGAGGGUAAAAAAGUUAAGUUUGAUUAA